AUGCACCGACCAUCAACAAUGGCAGCCUUCACGGCGGCGCUUUUAAUCCUCUCCGCCGUUCUCACAACCUCCACCGCACACAACAUCACACACAUUCUCUCCCAAAACCCCGACUUCUCCACCUUCAACCACUACCUAACCCUAACUCACCUCGCCUCCGAAAUCGACCGUCACACAACAAUCACCGUCCUCGCCGUCAACAAUGCCGCCAUGGACGACCUCAUAGCAAAAGACCUCCCGAUCUACACAGUUAAAAACAUCCUCUCUCUCCACGUCCUCGUCGACUACUUCGGAGCCAAAAAGCUUCACCAAAUCACUAACGGAACCGCUCUCGUCUCCACAUUGUACCAAGCCACAGGCUCCGCACCGGGAGCCUCGGGAUUAGUCAAUAUCACCGAUCUUCGCGGCGGAAAAGUCGGAUUCGGUGCUAAUGACAACGAAGGAACCCUACCUGCUUUCUACGUCAAAUCUAUUGAAGAAAUUGAGAACAUCAUUUCGGUUAUUCAGAUUAGUCAAAUACUCCCCUCCGCCGCAGCGGAAGCUCCUACACCACCACCUAAGCAACAAAACCUCACCGCGAUUAUGUCCAAACACGGUUGCAAAAUCUUCGCCGACACUCUUUUGGCCUCACCCGAAGCUUCCCACAUCUUCACAGACAAUCUAGAGGGUGGAUUAACUAUUUUCUGUCCCGCCGACGACGCUUUCAAAGGCUUUCUCCCGAAAUUCAAAAACCUAACCGCCGCCGGAAAAAUCGCUCUCCUCGAAUUUCACGGCGUGCCGAUUUAUCAAUCUAUUGCUAAUCUGAAAUCCAACAACGGAGUUAUGAACACUCUUGCUACCGACGGUGCUGAAAAGUACGAUUUCACUGUUCAGAACGACGGUGAUGAGAUCACGUUGAAGACAAAGCUUGUAACUGCUAAGAUCACCAACACGAUCAUCGACGAACAGCCGCUUGCUAUUUAUACUAUCUCUAAGGUUCUUCUUCCAGAGGAACUGUUUCAAGGUAAAGCUCCGAGUCCUUCUCCGGCGCCAGCGCCGGAGCCUGCAGCUGCUGACGCUCCCGCUCCUGCGGAGGAGCAUAAGAAGAAGAAGAAAAAGAAGGCGGCUGAUGCGCCGAGUGAUGAUGAUUCUGAUUCGCCAGCUGAUUCUCCCGAAGAUGCAGCUGAUGAUGUUGCUGACGACGAUAACGGCGCCGUUAGGUUUGGCGGAAUCGGAGUUUUGGCUUUGGCUGUCGGAAUUCUAUUGCUGUGA